AUAGCGUCAUGUAGAGUGAGGAAGGUCCCUGCCCGAAAGGGGUCGGUGAAUAUUAGCUUUUUUUUUUUUCCCUUAGUGGAAGAGGGAAAAUGGAGGGCUGUCGGGUGGAGCUUGGUGCCGUGGGAGAAGGGAAAAAAGAGAAAGCUGCAAAGCAAUCAGGAGAUCAAGAAGGGCCAGAAAUGGGGAGUGAGCAAGAGACCCCCGGGGGCGGGGAGAGGGGGUAUGUACUUUAAGGGAAUGGAAGAAGCUAGAGACUGCAGACCCUGAGACAGCGGGGGCUUUUCUCCAUGAGUUUGAGUUGUCCUUGUGAAGAAGCUAAGGUUCUGUCAAUCUUUGGAUGGGAUUGCUUCUCCUUUCCCCUGUGAAUUCUUUACCUUGACAUAGCAGAAGGAGGGAGUAGAAACUAUGAGGGAAAAUGAAAGACUCGCAUUCCUAAACCCCUCAACCUCCUAUCUUCCCACAAGCCCAGAUCCAAGAUCUUUUGGAUGGAGGACAGGAAUAAUGAAGGGCCUCCCGUGCAUUCUCUGUACCUGAGUUUCCGUCAGGUCCUUCCCUCUGCCAGGGCUCCUUGAACAGGGAGCAGAUAUCCACUCAAACCCAGCAGGUAGCAGAGGCAGCAGGCCGUGCCGGGGGGGCAUGUUGCUGUAACCAGUGACCCAGGGGAUGUUACGGUGGACAGUGCACCUGGAGGGCGGGCCCCGCAGGGUGAACCAUGCUGCAGUGGCUGUUGGGCACCGGGUAUACUCCUUCGGGGGUUACUGCUCUGGUGAAGACUAUGAAACACUGCGUCAGAUUGACGUGCACAUUUUCAAUGCAGUGUCCUUGCGUUGGACAAAGCUGCCCCCAGUGAGGCCUGCCAUCCGUGGGCAGGCUCCUGUGGUACCCUACAUGCGGUAUGGACACUCAACUGUCCUCAUCGACGACACGGUCUUCCUUUGGGGCGGGCGGAACGACACCGAAGGAGCCUGCAAUGUGCUAUAUGCCUUUGAUGUCAAUACUCACAAAUGGUCCACACCCCGAGUGUCAGGAACAGUUCCUGGAGCCCGGGACGGACAUUCAGCUUGUGUCCUUGGCAAGACCAUGUACAUUUUCGGGGGCUAUGAGCAGCUGGCGGAUUGCUUUUCCAAUGACAUUCACAAGCUGGAUACCAGCACCAUGACAUGGACCCUUAUCUGUACAAAGGGCAACCCUGCGCGCUGGAGGGACUUCCACUCAGCCACAAUGCUGGGCAGUCACAUGUAUGUCUUUGGGGGCCGUGCUGACCGCUUUGGGCCAUUCCAUUCCAACAACGAGAUUUACUGCAACCGCAUCCGUGUCUUUGACACCAGGACUGAGGCCUGGCUGGACUGUCCCCCCACUCCGGUGCUGCCUGAGGGCCGCCGGAGCCACUCAGCCUUUGGCUACAAUGGGGAGCUGUACAUCUUUGGUGGCUAUAAUGCAAGGCUGAACCGGCACUUCCAUGACCUCUGGAAGUUUAACCCUGUGUCCUUCACAUGGAAGAAGAUUGAACCGAAGGGGAAGGGGCCAUGUCCCCGCCGGCGCCAGUGCUGCUGUAUUGUUGGUGACAAGAUUGUUCUGUUUGGGGGUACCAGUCCAUCUCCUGAGGAAGGUCUGGGAGAUGACUUUGACCUCAUAGAUCAUUCUGACUUACACAUUUUGGACUUUAGCCCUAGUCUGAAGACUCUGUGUAAACUGGCCGUGAUUCAGUAUAACCUGGACCAGUCCUGUUUGCCCCAUGACAUCAGGUGGGAGCUGAAUGCCAUGACCACCAACAGCAAUAUCAGUCGCCCCAUCGUCUCCUCCCAUGGGUAGGAGAAAGUUGCUGCCGCCUCCCUUCCUGAACCUGCUAUUGUGUUCACUGCCCCUUCCCAUCCCUCACCUGCCUGCCCCUUUGGACCUGGACUCGGUAUACCUCUGCGUGGAGUUGUUGGACUAGAGGUGUUUCUUGUGCUGUGAACUCAGUGGGGAGCUGUAGGGGGGAGGGCGAGUUCCCUCCCCCCUUGGGCCGAGGGCCCCUUCCCUUGGUGCUCUGUCCCGUACACCUCCUUCCAACUGCUCCUGGGUCUCUGCUCUGCCCCAGGCCAGCCAGGCUCUACUGGGAAGCUAAGGAACAGGGGAUAAGGGAGAAGCAAGCAGUGUCUGAGCCUCAGGAGCUUCCCCCCCACCCUUGUUUCCGCCCCCUCCCCCGCUUGAGCCAUGAGCAUCCAUUGGGAGCUGAGAGGAGUUGCAACUGUUGCCAUGAAACCUCCUUCUCCCUGAUCUGGGGAGGCGAGGACCAGCAGAUAAUCCCACCCUUCCCUGAGCUGUUGCUGUUCCCUGACGCUCCCAGCCAGCUCAGAUUUUAUAAAAAUGAAUUAAAAAUCUCCAAA